AUGGAGGACUUGAAAGACCCCAUCAGGUUUUUCCACAAAUCUUCUUUCAGCAUCAGCAGCCUCCUGCUCCGACGAGAGGGAGUGAUGACUGACAGUGGCGCCGUGGCAGAGGUGCCUCCCUCCCGCAGCGCCAAGAGCCGACCUCAUUUACUGCCGGGACAGGCAGGCAGAGAACUUUGCGCUCGCCGUGCGGAAUAUAACAUCGAUUACAAGAAGUGCAAUGACAAAAAGACGCGCACGGUGACGGAGGAGUCGGUCGGCUGCGAAGGAGGGAGAGGGAGAGGCAAAAGUGUCGAAGGGAGUGAGGAAGAGAGAGAGGACAAGGCCGACGGUGAUGGAGAGAGGAAAACCAAGUAUGACAAACCUCCGUUCAGCUACAAUGCGCUGAUAAUGAUGGCGAUCCGCCAAAGUCCGGAGCGACGGCUGACGCUCAGUGGCAUUUAUGAGUUCAUUAUGGGCAACUUCCCCUACUACCGAGACAAUAAACAGGGCUGGCAAAACUCAAUCCGCCACAAUCUGAGUCUCAACAAGUGCUUCGUCAAAGUGCCCCGGCACUAUGACGACCCUGGCAAAGGCAACUAUUGGAUGCUCGAUCCUUCCAGCGACGACGUGUUUAUCGGCGGCACAACUGGGAAACUACGUCGCCGGUCCACUGCAGCAUCCAGAGCGAAACUUGCCAUAAAAAGGGGCACUCGUCUAGGGUCUGCAACCGCAGCUGGGCUCGCCUUCACUGGGCCUUUUUAUUGGCCCGUGGCGCCUUUCGUUACGAUCCAACACACGCCGCAGUCACACCCUGGCUCGGCACUUGGGUAUAGCUCCUCAUACUUCGGGUCCCAUCACACUAACUAUGCCUCCACCGUGUUAUCCCAGACCUCGCAUCACGUCAGUGCGGCGGCGGCAGGGGCCGACCGCCUGUUGCAGCAAGUCACCCAGGAGACUCCGUUCUUCGGGGCGAGCGGCGGCCUCCCUCGUCGCCACCAGAUGACUUCGUCUGCUUCGUUCGCCUCGUCCCCGCUGCCUUGCGCCUUGUCUCUCCAAGCUCCGUCUUUUAACCUGUUUCCCGGCCAGGCCAGUUAUUAUUACUCGCACCAAAUACCCCAUCCGACGGCUAUCAGCGCACUGUCCCAGGAAGAGGCCUCACCUCCGAGAGCCUCUUCUGUCGGCCACUUUGUGCCUGGAAGGAACGGAUCAUCGGAUUACAUUGGGAGCCUGUGUGCUGAGUUUCCUAAUUAUUUUCCCCCAAACAAUCAUACAGGUUCUCUCAAUGCCAUCCGGCCAUAAAUGCAAAGGAUGCCUCUUUUAAUUUAUUCAUUACAAAUUAAAACAUUCUUUAUUCUUUGUAUUGGACUAGGUAUAUAUCAUAGCUAUGUUUUGUGGUUGUUUGUUUUUUUUUUUUUUAAUAUUUUGAAAAUAUGCUUUAAUAUGUUUCAGUUGCUACUUGUGUGGCACAACAGCCA